AUGCCUCUGAUCGCACAGAACCCCCAGCCCCGAGUGAUUCUCGGGUUAAUGACCUUUGGCCCAAACGAGGCCAAGGGUGCUCGGAUCACUUCGCUGGAUGAGUACAACAAAUGCCUUGAUUACUUCCAGCAGCAAGGGUUCAAUGAAGUUGAUACUGCCCGUGUCUAUAUCGGCGGAGAGCAGGAAGCAUUCACAGCUAAGGCGAACUGGAAGGAGCGUGGACUGACUCUGGCCACGAAAUGGUACCCGGCUGAGCCUGGCUUCCAUAAGCCAGCGGUCGUCCGUGAGAAAUUGGAGCUUUCUCUGAAGGAGUUGCAGACCGACACUGUCGAUAUCUUCUACCUGCAUGCUGCGGAUCGCGCCACUCCAUUUGCUGAAACUCUCGAGGCUGUUAACCAGCUGCACAAAGAGGGCAAGUUUGUUCAGCUUGGUCUCAGCAACUUUACAGCCUUUGAGGUGGCGGAGAUUUCCGUCCUUUGUGCUGAGAGGGGAUGGGUCCGUCCCACCAUUUACCAGGCCAUGUAUAACGCCAUUACGCGCAACAUUGAGACUGAACUCGUCCCCGCCUGCCACCGGUACGGCCUUGAUAUUGUUAUCUAUAACCCGCUGGCCGGUGGUCUUUUCUCCGGAAAAUAUAAGUCGAAAGAUAUUCCUGCGGAAGGAAGAUACAGCGACAAGAGCGCUGCUGGACUCAACUAUCGCACUCGUUACUUCAGAGAUGCCACCUUCGAAGCUCUGAGUAUCAUUGAGCCUGUCGUAGAGAAACAUGGUCUCACACUUCUGGAGACGGCUCUGCGCUGGGUCCGCCAUCACUCUGCUCUGAGAAUUGAUAAUGGCGGUCGUGAUGGAGUCUUGGUGGGAGUCAGCAGCUUCGCACAGCUUGAGACUAACCUUGCCGAUCUUCAGAAGGGCCCGCUCCCGGAAGAGGUUGUGCAGGCUUUGGAUCAGGCUUGGCUGGUUGCGAAGGCCAAUUCUCCCAAUUACUGGCAUCUGGAUCUGAAGUAUACUUAUGAUACUCAGAAGGCGGUGUUUGGACCUAAGGAGUAA